CGGUGUCAUAUACAUAGAUCAAGGACAUGCUCGAAUACACAGAUAGUCAUGCGGCCGUGCUCACGGACUCUGAACGUCAGUGUCAAUCUACUUCCGAGGACCGAGACGAAAGAUCAACACCAGGUGGGUGGACCAUUACAUUAGCAAUAGCUGGUGUCACUUGCUGUUUAGGAUCAGCAGUACCAACAGGUUUUAAUAUAGGAGUAGUAAAUAAUGCAGGAAAUCUAAUAGAAAAGUUUUGCAAUGAAAGUAUUAAGGAGAGGUACAAUGUGGAUGUUUCUGAAAGCAGUCUUAAAAUACUUUGGUCCACUGUUGUUUCAAUUUUUCUUAUUGGUGGUGUAAGUGGUUCAUUUAUUGCCAGUUGGUUAGCAGAUAAAUAUGGAAGAAAGAGAGCUUUGUGUGUUGGGAACAUUUUUGGUGUUCUAGGAGCUUCAAUGUUCUUUUUAAUACGCAAAUUGAAUUCAAUCGAACUCCUCCUAGCAGGUCGACUAGUUGUGGGUCUUUCUGGAGGUAUUGCCACAUGUACAGUACCAAUGUAUAUGGCAGAAAUAGCACCUCUUAGAUUAAGAGGUGCUGUUGGAGUUCUUUGCCAACUGGGAAUUACAUGUGGAGUAUUUCUAGGACAAAUUGCAGGACUUAGGACAGUUUUGGGGACCGAAAACUCUUGGCAUUACAUGUUGGGAGCAUUUAUUCCACUCUGUGUAUGUGCUUUAGUACUCACAAGUAUUGUUUUACCAGAAAGUCCAAAGUAUUUGUAUAUAAUUAAAGAGCAGAAACAAAAGGCUCUGGAUGAACUCAGUAGAUUACGUAAUAUGGACAUAAUGCUUCUACAAACGGAGAUUGCCAAUUUACAGCAAGAAAUAGAAACAAAAACAACAUCAGAACCCUGGACGGUCAGACGCUUAUUAAAGGAUCCAAGUCUAAAGCUUCCAUUAUUUUUAGUUUGUUUGAUACAAUUCGGACAACAGAUGAGCGGUAUAAAUGUCGUAUUUUACUAUUCGAAUUCCAUAUUUAUGGAUGCUGGACUUGGUGACAGUGGCUCUCAGUAUGCUACCCUUGGAACUGGUGUUGCCAACAUUGCUAUGGCUCUUAUAUCGGUACCAGUGAUGUCAUCUUUGAAUAGGAGAGGUGUUCUGCUCACUAGUACUUACUUAUGUUUUGGAUGUUUAAUGGUUUUAUGUAUAUCUAUCUUACUAAUUCAUAUGGUAUCGUACAUGCCAGUUGUGUGUAUAAUAACUGUGAUGGCUUACGUAAUAUUUUAUGGGAUUGGUCUUGGUCCAAUACCAUAUUUCAUCGGGUCUGAAUUAUUCGACGUUGGUCCACGACCAAUAGCCAUGGCGCUUGGCAGUGUCUUUAAUUGGGGUGGAAAUUUUAUAGUGGGAAUGACAUUCCCAACAGUAGAAAGUAUUAUAGGACCGUAUACUUUCUUAAUAUUUGCUGGAUUUCUUAUAAUUCUAGGACAAAUUGUUAGGAUAUAUUUACCUGAAACGAGAGGAAAGAGUACAAUAGACGUUGCGGAGUCUAUAAGCCAUGGCUUUAACUCUAGACCAAACUCCAGACAUACUACUUAAAUUAAACUAAAUUAAUUGGUA